UCACCAUUUGCGGUACCGCGGAUGAUACCACUUGAGCGCAGCCUUCAGACUUCAUGAUUGUGACGACGACGUAUUAUGAAGAUCCAAAAACUUUUUAUACACAUUUGAGAAUAUUAUUCAUAUAGCUUGUUUCUGUGCUACAGUUCAAAGAUUUGCAUUUUGUUCAAAAAUGUUUGGCAAGAAGAAAGAAGUAAAACGGCGACCAAGACCAGCAGGAAGUCUGGCGCAGUAUGGGUUAUUUGAAAUUCCUGAUAAUAUUGAUGACAUCGCUGCAAUCAGCACUGAUGAUGGACAUGAUCAUGAUUUGGAGGCGGAACUUGCUGCUUUGACAUCUAAUAACGACUCCGAACGUCCUCGACGUCGUAAAGCACCAAAGCCUAUUCCAAAUGAAAACCUUGAUGCUAUGGUUGCUGAAAGCAUGAAGGACAUCGAUCUUGAUGCAGAAUUGUCUGGUGACGAUGAUGAUGAUCCUGAUUUAUUGAAUGAGCUUAAGGAGAUAACAGGAGAUGAAUCUGUUUCUCCAGAGCCUUCAGAGGAGGAGCAAUCACACAUGGAAGAAAAGAAUGACAGUGAUACUACAGAGUUGAUAACAUUAUUACAAGAAAGACUAGCUAUGUAUAAAACUGCAGAAAAAAAAGCUAAGAAUGAAAAUGAAGCAGGACGAGCUCGUCGUUUUGCUCGAGGUGUUAAAACAUUGGAAGGAAUGUUAGCUGAUACACAUUCUGGGAAAGUUGUGAAUAAGGCUGAUAUGCCACCAGUACUUCCACCUUCAGCUGUAGAAUCAUCUGACAAUGGUCCUACAGAAAAUAAAACCGAUGAACUAACAACACCUGCCGAGUCUAUUGUGCCAGAAGAAACUCCUGUACCAGAAGCUCCACAAGCUGUAACCGUGGACCCAAAAAAACUAGAAUUAUUGAAAAAACGACAGCAAGAAUAUAAAACAGCUGCUGUUGCCUGGAAGAAAUCUGGCAAUGUUCAAGAAGCUCUUCAACAUGUAAAAUUAGCUAAACAGUUUGAUAUAGUGAUUGCAAGUCUAAUAGCUGGUGAAGAUAUAGAUUUAUCUGACAUGCCACCAUCACCCAAUCUACCUUCAACAGGAACAAUAGCAGCAAGUCCUCCAGUGACAGAAAAAGAGGAAAGUGAAGCACAAAAAGGUGCACAAACAGAAGUGUCGGAACCAGUUCAGCACCAGGCAAAGGAAACUACCGAUAUUGGCACUGCUUUAAAAGAAAGAUUGGAAGUAUAUCGUCGUACAAAAACCACUGCCGAAGAAGAAGGAAAUUCCUCAAAAGCACGAAGAUACGGUCGUAUUUGUAAACAAUUUGAGGAUGCACUGAAGUUACAUUCUCGUGGAAAACCCAUUCCUAUUGAUGAGCUACCUACGCCGCCGGGUUUUCCGCCAUUAUCGAUGGGACCACCAGCAUCUCCAGCUAAGCCAGAUAUUCCACCACCACAACCUGAACCAAAAUCACAGUCGGAAUUAGUACCAGAGUCAACCCCAUCUGGGGAAGAAUCGGACAAAAAGUCACCAGACAAGAAAGCUCCUCCUGUACCUCCAAGGUCCAAAUUAGCAGUGAAUAAACAAAAACGAGUGACAUCGCGCGCCGAUAAACAAAUGAUGCAGUUACAACAGAGGCAGCACGAACUCAAGCAAGCUGCAUUGGCUGCAAAGAAUGACGGUGAUCUAGAUUUGGCAAAAGAUUACUUAAGGCAGGCCAAGGGAUUGGAUCCAUUAAUCGAAGCAAGCAAAUCUGGUUUACCAGUUGAUAUGGAUUCUGUUCCGUUAUCGCCACUUGCAAAAAUGCAAUUACAAGUAAAUGGAAUAGACCCCAAAGAAGAUGAUUUCACUUUGAUCUCUGCCGACAAUUGCACUGAGGAAGCAGCUGGAACUGAUCAACAAAUUUAUGAUAAUCUUGAAGCGCAGUUAAUCAAACAAAUCAAGUGGUGCCUAUCAACUAGAGAUCAUUCAAAGGCCUUAGGUGAUGUAGCAGGUUAUAAUAGAUGGGAGCGAUUAGCUUUGGGAUAUACAAGAGAUCUUGAUAUGUUAAGAGUUCGAAAACGGGACGCACUGCCACCACCACAGCAUCAUUAUGAAAUUAAGACCUAUGCUAUAGUUCAGAGCUGCACGGAUUUAGGUGACUCUGACCUUGAAUUAUCGAUAAUCCGUGGUGUGAAUUACGUUCGUGAAGCAGACACAUAUGUAAUGUUCGAGUUUCCGUAUCCAUCUGACAAUCCACCGUCCGAUAGAACUUCCACAGUAAGGGAUACUAAUAAUCCUGAAUAUGAGGCUGUGUUUCCAUUAAGCGGUGUAGUGGAUCGUACUUCUAGACAAUGUCAGCGUGCAUUUAAAAGACAUGCAGUGAAAUGUCAAGUUUGGGCCAAAGGAUGCUCGAUGAACCCCAUCCUGUGUUGCACUCAUCCAAGAGGAUUUUUCAGAAGUGAUAGUCUUCUUGGCACUGUGACUGUCAAGCUGCAGCCAUUAGAAACACAGUGCAUCUUGCAUGAUUCCUUUCCGUUGAUGGAAGGAAGAAAAGCAGUAGGAGGUAAACUGGAAGUAAAGUUACGUGUGAGAAAUCCUAUUCUCACCAAACAAAUUGAGCAAAUCACUGAUAAAUGGUUAACAAUUGAUCAUUGAUCUUUCGUUGUCUCGUGAGAGAUAUUAUUGAUCUGUCAACGCUUAAAAAUCAGCAUUCGCACUACAGUGACUUUGAGCAAUUAAUCCAGCAAAACUAACAUUGCGAAGAGGUUUGCAAAAAUUACUAUGCACACAAGAAUAUAUAUAUAUAUAUAUAAAUGUAUAUACCCAAGAUAUUUUAAUGUAUUGGUUUUAAGUAUAGCUAACAAAUAUUUUUAUUUUAUCGCAGCUUUAUAAAUGAUAUAAAUCUACCUAAUAAAUGGAAUCACUCAUUCGA